UGACUUCCGCUCCUGGCCCACGUGUGAGAACGAGACUGGGAAAAUGAGCGCGACCUCGGCAAAGAGCCUUCUGGCUUUGAGCCAGCAAGAAGAACUCGUGGAUUUGCCAAAAGACUACCCUUUAAGUGCCAGUGAAGAUGAAGGGGAAAAUGAUGGAGAGAGGAAGCAUCAAAAGCUUCUGGAAGCCAUUAGUUCCCUCGGUGGGAAGAAUAGGUGGAAAUUGACUGAGCGAUCAGAAGCCAGUCUGAAGGUGUCAGAAUUCAAUGUCAGUUCUGAAGGUAAGUUAAAAACAGACAAAUAA